AACACGAUUUGCCUGUGCCAAAAGUGUUUCAAGGCAGACGAGCAUCGCUGGCAGAGUUGUGUUUUGGUUGUGCUUUCGCUUUCGUGCUUUUGAUGUCUGCUGCUUUCGACUUCAGUCCCACUACCUUGUCGGGUUGCUGGCUGUUGUUUGGUUGACGAGGACGAAUGGCUGCCAGUCUCGGUCGUGCCGCAGCUUAGCCAGGAUGAUUGAAUACACCGAGCGCUAUUUCCGUGGCCUCGACCUGUGGUCGUUGGGGGUGGACGAAGCUUUCAUCAACGCGACCGUGCGUGGGUCCCAGAAUUACUAUCUCUAUUCACUGUCCGAUGAAUGCGAGCGGUGCCCCUACACUAGAGUGCAGGAAAUCAAGGGUGGUGCCAAUCCACCGGUGGUAAACAACGUGUUUAAACUGGGCAUCGCUCGAAAGCUGAGCCUAAAAGUGCUUGACCGCAAUGUCGGCAAAUAUGCGUUUGAUAACGAAUCUUUUGUAUGUCAAUUUAGUGACCAGAAUUUGGGCGAAUUUGGAGUGUAUGAUAUUGGCAUAGAAGAGGGUAACAGAGUGACCUGCACACUUGAAACUGCCAAAGAACCGGUUAAUAUUUAUUUACCCCUCAUAACGAUCGCCCUGAUUGCCGCUGCCCUGUACGUGCUGUUCAAACUGUUGCAACAUGGUGUCCACUUGGUCCAACGAUCUCGGACCCCCUCGGAACCGCAGCUCAGCCCGAACAGUCCGACCAUCAGCGUACAGGCCACAGGCGUACCGCAGAAAACCCGCCUGCGAAGUUUAGACACGUUCCGAGGGAUUGCGAUCAUGCUGAUGAUCUUUGUCAACAGCGGCGGUGGUGACUACUGGUGGAUCGAACAUGCGACCUGGAACGGACUUCACGUGGCCGAUUUGGUUUUUCCCUGGUUCCUGUUCAUCAUGGGCGUGUGCAUUCCCAUUUCGCUGCGAUCGCAACUUGGUAGAAACGUCCCGCGGUACGAGAUUCUGAAGAAUGUCGCUGUUAGAUCUCUCAAGCUGUUUCUGAUUGGAUUGUGUCUCAACUCGAUCAACGGUCCCACCGUGGCGGAUCUUCGCCUUUUUGGAGUUUUACAACGAUUCGGAGUGGCGUACUUUGUUGUCUCCGCCAUCCACUUGUACUGCUAUCAGGAAAAUGAUCAACUCCAACAUCCACUGGCAAGAAGCCAUGCGGACAUUUUGCGACUCUGGAAGCACUGGGUUGUCGUUGGCACUAUCUUAUUUGUAUAUCUUCUGGUGAUAUUUUUCGUUCCGGCACCAAAUUGUCCAAGCGGUUACUUUGGCCCCGGUGGUAAGCAUCUAAUGCUACUGUAUCCCAACUGUACGGGUGGCAUAACCGGAUACAUAGACCGACAAGUCCUCGGCAUAAGACACCUGUAUCAGCACCCUACGGCACGGUACAUGUACGACGCGAUGCCCUUUGAUCCGGAAGGACCUUUCGGAUGUCUACCGACAUUAUUCCAGGUAUUCCUUGGUCUUCAGUGUGGCAUUCUCAUCCUAACCCACACCGACGUGACGAGUCGCGUUCGAAGGAUGUUGUCUUGGGGAAUCGUCCUCGGCCUGCUAGGUGGAAUUCUGUGCGGGUUCAGCAAAAACGACGGAUGGAUUCCGGUCAACAAGAAUCUCUGGUCCCUGUCGUACGUUAUGGUUACAGCUUCACUUGCGUACUUCCUUCUGCUCAUAUGUUACGUACUGAUUGACGUCAAGCGAUACUGGACCGGAAAUCCGUUCCUGUAUGCCGGAAUGAAUGCGAUCAUUUUGUACGUAGGUCACACCGUGUUCCAAAAAAUGUUACCGUGGCACUGGAGAAUUGGCCACAUGAAUACUCACUUUAUGUUAACGCUGGAGGCACUUUGGAAUAGCGUGCUUUGGAACAUAAUUGCUUAUUAUUUGUACAAGAGGAAAUUAUUCUAUAGUUUAUAAACAAUUUGUUAUCCAAAGCGAAAAAUAAAUAAUUAUGAU